CAAACCAUUUGGUGGAAUAAUGGAGGGUGGUUCAAUGACUCUGACCUGCAGCAGUGAAGCAAACCCAUCUGUGAAGAGCUACACUUGGUUUAAGAGAUCAGGAGUAGAGGACUUACAAAUAGGGACCGGGCAGAAUUACGCCAUUGAACAUAUCAGCAUUGAAGACAGUUACAAAUACAAGUGCAGGGCAUCCAACCAGCAUGGAUCUGCAUUCUCAGAGUACACACCACUUAAUAUUUUAUACUCCCCAAAGAAUACAUCAGUUACUGUGACCCUGACAUGCAAGGCUCAUGCUAACCCACCUGUGAUGGACUAUACCUGGUAUAAAGAAGGUGAAGAUGAAAGUGAACCUGUGGCAUAUGGGCAGACCUACAGCAUCACCAGUAUCACUAAAGAGGACAUUGAACCAUUCUACUGCAAGACUAGAAACAGAAUUGGCCAUGACUAUGCACGUCCUGUGCCAGUCACAUGUAUCGGUAAAGCACAGGUUGCAGCUGCUGGCAUUGGUGGAUUCUGUGGAGGGCUCGCUACAGCUGUUCUCUUCGCCAUUCUGUGGAUAAGGAGGAAGAAGUGGAAAACAGAUGGAAGUAAAUACUGGGUAGGUAAAAGCUGGAGGAAGAAUAAGACAACAAGCACAAAUGAAUAUGAAGUUGAUGAAAGCAGUAGAAAGAAGAAGAAGAAGGCAGCAAUUGAAGAUGAUUACGAGAAUGUUGGCCCAGACGACACAUACACAGCUCUUAAUAUUAAGACCUCAGAUGAUGUCUAUGAAGCUCUAACAACUCAGAGCAGUGCUCCUUAUGAUGUGACGCAGGUGUAGGUCUUCAGAGCAACCUCUUCUGUCUCCAACUUGGUGGAGUCAUGAUCAGAACCAUCACGACGGAUACAAAAAUUGAAGAAUGAGACAUUAAUUGCUUAAAAUACAGUGUUUCUUAUAAAGUUUGCCUAUUUUCUUUUCUUUUUUGCCUAGUUCCACAUUUACCUGCUAAAGCUUUACUGCAAACAGCCUAUUUGACUUGUGUGGCAAACCAAUAUAUUACCUUAUAAAGUGCUUGCUAUAUCAUUAAGUGUGUACUUUAUUCAAGUAUUGUUAAAAUUGAAUAUUUGCACAUCUGUUAUAUUUCCAAAUCUAUUUACUUUUACUCCUUUCUAUUGAAUGUCCCUGUUACAAGGUUCUCAGGCCCUGGGAUUUUUCAAUGCUGUGUUUAACUGUAUGACAGACUCAGAUCUGUUAGUGCCAAGUUACUUUAAUGUUAAGAAGUAAA